UCCCAAGAGUGUGUGAGUUAUUAGCCAUGGUUUCUCUUAGUCCUACUCCAUUGGUUGCACUGUGCUUAUUAUGUUUUCUUGCAUUUUGUGUACCUCAAUCUUCUUCUGCAGUCACCAAAAUUGGGCUAGGCUACCGUCUGAUUUCUAUUGAAAAUGGAGCUGAUGGUGCACUUGUUGGGACUCUCCAAGUUAAGCAGAGUAACAACAUCUAUGGUGCUGAUAUUCCCCUUCUAAGGUUCUACGCCAAGCACGAGAGUGAGAACCGUUUGAGGGUACACAUCACUGAUGCAAAGAACAAAAGGUGGGAGGUUCCUUACAAUCUUUUGCCGAGGGAGCAACCACCUCCUUUGAAGCAAAGCAUUGCAUUGUCAAGUUCUUCAGAGAAAAAGAAGAACAAGAAAAAGAAGAACCAAAGAUCAGUGUCAGAGAAAGAUUACCCUGGCUCUGAGCUUGUUCUUACUUACACUUCUGACCCUUUCAGCUUUGCGGUGAAAAGAAAGUCAAAUGGGGACACCCUUUUCAACUCAAGCUCUGAUGACACUGACCCAUUUAGUUCAUUGGUGUUCAAGGACCAAUACUUGGAGAUCUCUACCAAACUGCCCAGAGAUGCUUCUUUGUAUGGAUUGGGAGAGAACUCACAGACACAUGGAAUCAAGUUGUAUCCUAAUGACCCGUACACUCUGUAUACUACUGAUAUAGCAGCCAUUAAUGUGAAUGCUGAUUUAUACGGGUCACACCCAGUGUACAUGGAUCUCAGAAAUGAGGGUGGCAAGGCAUAUGCACAUGGUGUUCUGUUGCUGAAUAGCAAUGGAAUGGAUGUGUUUUACACAGGCACAUCUCUAACAUACAAGGUCAUUGGAGGUGUUUUGGAUUUCUACUUCUUUGCAGGACCUUCUCCUCUCAAUGUUGUUGAUCAAUACACUUCUUUGAUUGGAAGACCAGCUCCAAUGCCUUACUGGGCUUUUGGAUUUCACCAAUGCAGAUGGGGAUAUCACAAUCUAUCUGUUAUAGAAGAUGUUGUGGAGAAUUACCAGAAAGCUAAAAUCCCACUUGAUGUGAUAUGGACGGACGAUGAUCACAUGGAUGGGAAGAAGGAUUUCACGCUGAACCCAGUGAACUACCCUCGUCCGAAGCUUCUAGAAUUCUUGGACAAGAUACACAGCAUUGGAAUGAAGUACGUUGUGAUCGUUGAUCCCGGAAUUGCCGUUAAUGCAAGCUAUGGCGUAUACCAAAGAGGAAUGGCCAAUGAUGUUUUCAUCAAGCACGAUGGAGAUCCUUUCUUGGGUCAAGUGUGGCCAGGUGCAGUGCACUUCCCAGAUUUCCUGAAUCCAAAAACAGUUUCAUGGUGGGGUGAUGAGAUUCGUCGCUUCCAUGAACUUGUACCCGUUGAUGGCCUUUGGAUUGACAUGAACGAAGUUUCCAAUUUCUGUAACGGAAAGUGCACAAUCCCAGAGGGAAGAAUUUGCCCCAAUGGAACAGGACCUGGAUGGAUAUGUUGCUUGGAUUGCAAGAACAUCACAAACACAAAAUGGGACGACCCUCCUUACAAAAUCAAUGCUUCAGGAAUAAUGGCCCCGAUUGGUUACAAAACUAUAGCCACAAGUGCUGUUCACUAUAAUGGGGUUCUAGAGUAUGAUGCUCACAGCCUCUAUGGUUUCUCUCAAUCCAUUGCAACCCACAAGGGUCUCCAAGGGAUUGAAGGGAAACGGCCUUUCAUUCUUUCGCGCUCCACUUAUGUUGGUUCAGGCAAGUAUGUUGCACAUUGGACAGGUGACAAUCAAGGUACAUGGGAGAAUCUGAGAUACUCAAUAUCCACAAUGCUCAACUUUGGAAUAUUUGGGAUUCCAAUGGUUGGUUCUGAUAUAUGCGGUUUCUAUCCACAACCAACUGAAGAGCUUUGUAAUCGAUGGAUUGAGGUUGGUGCUUUCUACCCUUUCUCAAGGGAUCAUGCAAACUAUUACUCCCCAAGACAGGAGCUUUACCAAUGGGAAUCAGUAGCUGAAUCUGCUAGAAAUGCUUUGGGCAUGAGGUAUAAGAUUCUUCCGUAUCUCUACACACUCAACUAUGAGGCUCAUCUUAGUGGUGCUCCAAUUGCAAGGCCACUUUUUUUCUCAUUUCCAUCUUUCACCGAAUCAUACGGGCUCAGCACACAGUUCUUGCUUGGGAGCAGUGUCAUGGUUUCUCCUGUGGUUGAACAAGGACAAACACAAGUUAAAGCGUUAUUUCCUCCUGGCACGUGGUAUAAUUUGUUUGAUAUGGCACAUGGUGUUGUAUCCAAAGAAGGGACUUAUGUCACUCUUGAUGCGCCUCUACAUGUGGUGAAUGUGCAUUUGUAUCAGAAUGCUAUUCUUCCGAUGCAACAGGGUGGAAUGGUAUCUAAGGAUGCUAGAACCACACCCUUCAGCCUCAUUGUGACAUUCCCAGCAGGAGCAAAAGAAGGAGAAGCUCAAGGGAACCUCUUCCUCGAUGAUGAUGAGCUACCGGAGAUGAAGAUAGCUAGUGGUUCUUCAACCUACAUUGAUUUCCAUGCUACUAUAAAGGAUGGAACCGUGAGAGUGUGGUCACAGGUUCAAGAGGGUAAGUUUGCCUUGGAUAAAGGUUGGGUUAUUGACAGCAUAAAUGUGUUGGGAGUAACUGGAAGUAAGGCAGUGAUGGAUGUGUCACAGUCACAUGUGAAUGUUAGUAUAACGGAACAACAAUUGUAUGGGCAAGGUGAUGAUGGAGGAAGCAAGGUAGUGAUGGUGGGAAUGAAUGGCUUGAAUAUUCCUGUUGGUAAAAGUCUUGACAUUACUUGGAAAAUGGAAUCAUAAGAUGCUGUUGGGGUGUUCCAUCUUAAUAAGAAACCUUUGUAACUUCUUUUUUCUUUAGCUUAGUUGAAGGAGAUAUUAGCUCAAAAUGUUCGUCCUAGUCUAGCACUGCACAGCUCAAUACUAUGUUUAAUCUUUGGAAUUUGAAAUCACAUUUAUUUGUGCCUUUUUAUUAGGUGAUUCUUUUUACUUAUUAACUUAUUAUUA